AUGUUGUGUCUAUCUCUCUCCUUGACCGGCUCUUCAGGGUUUUCUAGGGUUCCCGCUGAGGUGAGCUGCGCAGGCCGCCAGGCUUCGCCCUGGUCUCAUGCGAGGCUUCACCGUUCUACAAUCCAUGAAGGGUUGAACUUCUCAAUCUGGUAUCCCUUCGCUUUCCGGCCAUCGAAUUGCCGUUUGCUGCACAGUUCUUCGCCCAAUCUGUCGACGGGCGGGAUAUCCUGCUGCGGCACUGCACCCGGGAAUCAUGCGAACGGAUAUGAGGAUUAUCCCCUCUUGAAGAGCUGGAUUAGGUCCUUGGCGGCAGCUAUCAUUGGAUUCCUGCUCUUUGUGGGGAGAUUCGGCUGUAGGCCCGCUCUAUCGAUCGUCGAUGCUCAGUAUACAGGUGCCCCGACAGAGGAAAAAUUGGUCACCCAGAAUGACAAAGCAGGCGAGGAGGAAGAGUUGUUGGCGAGGUUGCUGGAGACCAACCCUAAAGACGUGGAGUCUCUGAAGAUGGUGUUCUACGAAAAGAUGAAGAAGGGUAAGACUAGAGAAGCCGUGGACUAUGUGGAGAGGCUGAUUGAUGCAGAGCCAGAUGAGGUGGAGUGGCGACUUCUGCAGGCCCUCUGUUAUGAGUUCAUGGGGCGGUUAGAGAAGGCCAAGAAGCUGUUCAAGGAUAUCCUGGAAGAGAGACCCCUUCUGCUGAGAGCAUUGCAUGUAUGCAUAUUCCCCCAGUAAGGCUCCAUAGCCGCAUAUAUCUUUAUACGGUUUCUAGCUUCUUCUCUCUUCAAUCCUUCAUAUGCUUGCUCUUUCUCGCAAUUCUAGUUUGCUGGGCACCGUUCAAAAUAUCUCAAGUUCUUCAUCAGGGCUGUGCCACAUCCAGUUCUGUACGUAUUUUAUGCCAAGUUGCCCGAUCAGCCUCUCUCAUUCUACCUUUCGAUGCUUCUCAGUGUAGCUAACCUGAAUGUGCCAUUAUGAUCAGAUGCUGCUGUAAUCAAUUCACGAAUCGUAUUAGCUUCGAUCUCUCUCCUCUCUUUUCUGUAACUAUCUUGCCAUUGACCAAAGUUUGAGGAAAACUCGGCUGAUGAAACUUUUCAAAGAGUCUCAUUGCCGUUGGUCUGCUAGAAUUCUCAUCAUCAAACCUGCUGCUCUCUGCCUUGGUGUUUUGUCUGCUCGCUUCGAAGUACCCAACACGUCUUCCGUGAAAUUAUUUAUUUUUAGAUCGAUUGUGCUUUAAAAUUCAUGAGCAGAGGCAGAAAAUAAGUUGCGGGGGCUGUCAUGUAGGGGCUCGCACUGGUGAUGCACAAGAACCGCGAGGGCCCGGCAGUCUUUGAGAUGCUCAGGAAAGCCCUGGAGCUGGCGCGCCGCGAGCAGAGAGCCACCGAGGAACGCAACAUCAGGAUCCUCAUCGCCCAGAUGCACGUCGUAAAGGUGGGAUCUUGGAAUCUGGGCUCUCCCUCCCCCGGUUGCUUUCUUCGAUCCUGCCUCCUAUAUGCGCGUGCAGACGAACGAUUCUCCACUGUAAUACGAGAGCUGCGCUGUGAUGGCUUGCAGGGCGACCAUGUGGAGGGGUUGGCGGAAUUCAAAGCACUUAUCGAUGAGAUUAAUGUGCAGCUCCGCUUUUAUUCCUUCCCAUGAUCUACCGCACCUUCCUUCUUAGUCAACUUAUCUGGUUGCAGGGUGAUCUGGAGGGUGGCCUGGCGCGGUUCCAGAAGCUUGCGGAGGAAAAUCCCAGAGAUUUCCGGCCGUAUCUCUGCCAGGUAGACGACGGAAUCUGAUCCCCCCGUCGCCUCUGAUCCGGAGUAAUCCUCGAUAUUUGGAUUGCAGGGGAUAAUCUACAGCUUGUUGGAGAGGAAGGAGGAAGCCGAGGAACAGUUCGAGAUAUACCGGAGCCUCGUCCCCGACGAAUUCCCUCAGAGGAGCUUCCUCGACGACGUCAUCCUGUCAGCGAAGGCGGAGUCCGAAGAGGACCCCAAGGGGCAGCCCGAGCCGUCAAAAUAA